AUGGAGACCCAGCAAAAGAGAACGAUAGUUAUUGUUGGUGCCGGGAUCCUUGGCCUUUCCUCCGCUUCCUUAUUGGUGAAGUCAUCCCGGUUUUCGAAAUACCGGAUCCUACUUGUAGCGGCGGACUUUUCCUUCGACGGGCCCAACCUUGGAUAUGCGAGCACGGCAGCCGGUGCGCACUACCGCCCAAUUCCAGCCACAACGCCGCAGUUGAAAUAUGAAGCGGGGCUCGCUAACACCACGUGUGAGCGGUUCAAGAAGCUCUCGUUGGAGCACCCUGAAUCCAUCAUCCAGUUCAUGGAGGGUAUCGAAUAUGUCUCCGGAGAGGCCGCAUCAGCGUAUAAAACACUAUUGCCUGAAUAUGCGCAGUUAACCGGGUUCCGUGUGCUGGACUCCAAUGAGACACCUACCGGCGUUGAGUUUGCAGCUCGUUAUGACACAUACACUGUGGACCCUGAUGUUUACCUCUUUCAUUUACUAAGACGAUUCAAGCUGGAUGGCGGUGAAGUGCAAAGAACGCGACUCUCGUCUUUGCAGGAGGCAUUUGACCUGCAGGGUCAUGACGUUUCUCUGGUUAUUAACUGUUCCGGGAUGGGGUUUAACGACCCUCACUCAUUUAUCAUCCGGGGCCAGACAUGUUUGGUUUCUAACACUUGCAAUAAGACUAUCACGCGACAAGAUAAUGAGGGAUGGAGUUUCCUAAUUCCCCGGCCCUUGGGGGGUGGGACUAUCGUUGGCGGGACAAAGCAGCCAAACGACUGGAGCGCUGUGGCAGUCGAAAGCACACGAGAAACAUUACUUGCGAAUGCCGCGAAGCUGUAUCCUGCCAUUUUGAACAGCGAAGGGAAGUUUGACGUUAUACGUGACAUUGUUGGUCGCCGUCCCGCCCGUGAGGGAGGCCUGCGACUUGAAGUCGAGGUCCUGCCUAGCACUGCUCCUUUGGAACGCAAGGUAGUGCACGCCUAUGGCGCCGGCGGACGUGGUGUUGAACUCAGCUGGGGGGUUGCGGAGGAGGUGGUGAAAAUGGUUCAGGAUAGCUUGCCGCAGACGAGCCACAGCCGGCUCUAA